GCGGCGCGUCAGUUCGCUCGAAAGUCUCGGCCGGGUAACAGCACCGCGGCCGUUAUAGCACAAGGACGUUCUCUCCGACCGCGCGCCUGCGCCAUCGGAGACACCCAUCCCAGCUCGCACAUACGCGUAUACAGCCGCAGUCUCUCCAAGUUUUUUUUUUUUUUGUUUCCCCCCUCCGAAGCUUCUCCUAUCUGGUGAUUUAUUAUGUGACGUGCGCGACUCCAGCGUUAGCAGGGGCCAAUUAGGAUUUCGGCAGUGAUGCCCACCGCCAAUAAGUGUCGAGCCACCGUGUGAUACAAUAGUGGACACUGACUGUCUAUACCUAGCAGCACUUCUGCAGUGUGUUGAUGUUGUUCGUUAUCUGUGUUAAAGGGUUGGCGGGGCCAUUCGACUGUGUAAAUAAUUCCCGCGGCGAAUGAAAAACGACGACGAUUUAACCGCCGUUGUUCGGGGGGAAAUGAAGAGUCCAGUGUUCGAGCUUCCGCCAGAAUAAAUAGAAGCUCGAGAGAAUUACGUGCCUCGAGAGAAGAAAUCUCAGCGCUUCGAGUGUGUGUUCGAGCUAUACAGAUAUAGAGCUUGGAAUUUUGCAGAGGUGAUUAGAGAGCUGGGCACAGCCAUGGGUAUACGUAGAAGAGAGACGAUGCGAAGCUGUAGUAGUGGCGCCGCCGCAACGCCGUGAGGAGAAAAGCAGGAAAAAUGAGGCGCAUCCUUCUCGCUUUGAGCCUGCUGUUCGCCGGUUCGGCGAGGUGCCGAAGCGGCGACGCCGACGAGGAGCAGCACCUGGGCCAGGAGCAGCAGCACCUCGAGCCACUCGAUCGAGGGCCCUACUUCGACACGAGCUUCUCCCACAACGUCACCGCUCUCGUCGGCACUACCGCUCUGCUCAACUGCCGCGUUCACAAUUUGGGACAGCGUACGGUCUCCUGGGUGAGGCACAGGGACAUCCACCUGCUGACGGUCAACAAGGAGACUUACACAGCGGACAAUAGGUUCGUGCCGAUGCACUUCCCGAGGACGGAGGACUGGUCGCUCGAGGUCAGGUCGCCACAGCCGAGGGACUCGGGGAUGUACGAGUGCCAGGUCUCGACGACACCGCCCAUCGGUCACUCCAUGCACCUCUCGGUCGUCGAACCGGUGACCCAGAUCCUGGGCGACACGGACAUGUACAUAAACAGAGGCAGCACCAUGAACCUGACUUGCGUAGUGCUGCACAGCCCGGAGCCGCCACCAGCCAUCAGUUGGACGCACGACGAGAAGGAGAUCAAUUACGACAGUCCGAGGGGUGGAGUGACGGUGAUCACGGAGAAGGGGGAGCAAACCACCUCGUACCUUCUGAUCCAGCGGGCCCAGCCGGCCGACAGCGGAAAGUAUACCUGCCACCCUAGCAACGCCAACACCCAAACCGUCACGGUCCACGUGUUAAAUGGGGAGCAUCCGGCCGCGAUGCAGCACGGCGGCCAACUAAGACUCAGCAAUCCGCCCUUCGUCGUGAUGCUGGCGACUCUGCUGGCUUUUCGUAACCAUCGCCUGCCCUGAGGACGCGAAAGUAUAUAGACAACGCAUCACGUGCCCUCGUGCGUGUUCCAUAUACAGCGCAUUCGAUUUGACGAGUACGUUCUCGACGAGCCUCCGAAUUCGCAGGAUCCUGUCUCUAUGUAUACCUACACAUAUACAUACACGCAGACACACACCCACACACAGCUCGUACGUUACAUAUAGCGUAUAAGCGCGGAGAAUCUAGCAUCAGCGCAUAUGUAUACAUGCUACAUAUAGCAGGCCCGACUAUUUCAAUCAAACUGGACUGAUUUCGGUUCGAUGGGUGUGUGUGUGUGUGUGCGCGCGUGUAUGUACGUCUUAGAUCGCGAGAUACAUAAUGUAAAUAUACGUCUUUGCAUUAGACUCCACGAUUUGACGAACUGAGCUGUAACGAUCGAUUCCACGUAAACGAUCGUACAAUAUUUAGCGACUGGAAGAUUAGUUAUUCCUAUUAUACGAUUAUUAUGAUAUUAUAUAUACAUACAUACGUGUAUACAUCGUGAUUCAUCAUAUGAGUGUUUUCUUUUUCGAGAGAAAGAACUGCGCGUAUAGUGUGACUGAUGUUGCGGGAGCUUGAGACUUUUCUGCGAGAGAAUUUUUUGUACAAUCGAUCGGACACGAGCACUUUGUACACACUUAUAUAUCCUGUUGCGACUUUCGGUGUGUGAAAAUAAAGAGAGAGAAGCGUUAAAUUGUUAAAAAAUCGUAAGUAUGAAGUUAUAGACUAUUAUUAAGUAUAUAAAACUAUACAUAUAUAUAUAUAUAUACGUAGUUGAACAUUUUGAGAGAGAAGCAUCGCAGAGCGGUCGAUGGGCAAACGCGAGAAGGAUCGAAAUUAUUAUAAAUAUUGUAACGAUUUUUUUGUAUAUCAUUCCUUCGAGUCUCUUAUAUGCUCUUCACGUCGUAAAUCUCUAACAGUAGCUGAUGAUAUUAUAAACACACACAGACACACACACACACGCGUGGACGUUUUGUAAAUAGGCAUGUAUAUUACUAAGGAUUCAGCUGCGCGCCACAACACUCGCCGCGCGCAAAUAAGGAUUAUUAACUCAACGUUAUCCGUAUACACACAGAAGCACGACACACACUAUGUAAACGUUGCAAGAAAACGCGACUCGUUUGGAAUCGAAGGUGAAAUACAUAGCGAAGCGUUUAAAAAAGGAAAUGCAAAGGGUAAACGGGGUACAACGAAGAUUCCGUGCCAACCACGUCGCGCGCGAAAUUCCGGAGAAGAGAAAAAAAAGCUCGGUACGAGAUAGACUAUACAUAUAUAGGUAUACCGAUAUACUAUACUAUAUACAGGGGAGAAUGAGUAAGGGAUCGAACAUUUUUAUUAAAACUAUGCAUUAUACAAUAUACGUACAUUAAAUAUUAACGGUUCAGAGUAUAAUAUAGAAAAUCCGUGCGAAUGCCGGCGAUAACGAUUCUAUAUGACACACACAGACACACACACACACGCGCGCGCGCGCGCGAUAUGCAUAUAAACGCGAUGAGCGUCGCGCAUCGAUACGCAUUAUGUAUAAGGUAUACGCAUUUUCGUCGAGAGAGUGAGUGAAAGAGCGAGUGACAUAUAUCGGAUAUGCAUUAUUAUAUUGACUGUUCCUAAUUGAGAGACGAGUGCAGCGAGUGAGCGUACACACAUCACACACUGUUUUUCUUUUUGACAUUACGGCUCGCGUCGACGACUCGUUUGGAAUAAUCGCAACAAGCGACAGCAUAUAGACCAUUUGUUUGCGUUCAAUAAUAUGUACAUGUGUCACCGUUCGGUAUAACGCGUUUAUUUUGUCGUUAUAUUAUUUAGCCGUAUAGCCCGUGUUAUAGAGACAUAUUAGUGUCGAGAAAUAUAGAGCUAUGUAUACGCGCGUCCGAAAUUGUUUUUUAAAUGAGCUGUAUCCCGAAAGAAACAGUUCAGCCCCGCAUAUAUAUAUAUACAUAAGCGCGCAGUCGGAGAAACAAGUUUAAUCGUCAUAUUGAGUUUCGCGCGAGAGGGCAACUAAUUGCUUUACUGAUGCAGCCGCGGGAACUACAGCAGCCGCAGCGACCGCGAGAGCUGAACUUUUCGCAAUUAUGUAAAUUUCCCGGCGUCUAUAUUAAAAUUAGACUUCCCCGCGCUAGUGCGUACAUUAUAAUUGAAUCAAGAUUUCCGCAGUUUUGCGAUUCGGCGAAAUUACGCGGUACGAGAGCUUGCGAGGAAUGUCGAGUGCGCCAUCGAACGGAUUUCACUGUUUAGUUAUACACGCAUGACACACACACACACUGAAAUAAUGAAGAGGACACUUUGACGAAACGCGAGAUAUCGAGGCAAUUAGCGACUGAACAGCGAGCGGUAGAAUUAAAGCGAAAUACGUGUAUGGAUAAAGCAACAAAUCAACGAACCGCAGUAGAGAGAGAGAGAGAGAGAGAGAGAGGAAUUUUUAGUAGCUGAGUCGCCUCGUCUGUCCACGUAUACAGCCGGUACAACACGAGUUUUUGAAAGCGAUUACGAAUGCGGUUGAUCGAUGCCUUUAAUUUCAGCGUCUGCCGACCACCCACCCACCCACACACACACACACACAUAGCCGUAUAGAGUAAUCGAGACGCGCGCUAUACGCGAGUGAGAGGGAGAGAGCGAGAGAGAGAGAGAGAGAGAGAGAAAUGAGAGAAUCAUUCGAUUCGCGGAACAAUUGUAAAAGGGGGAUUGGCAGCCGAAUAUGGAUGCGAGUCCCGCCGCCGCGCACUUUGCGUGUGUGUGGAUCGAUCCGAUGCCGAACGACGAGCUCUACUUACGAGCAAUAAAGCAGCCAGUUCUGCGCACACGCCCGCGAAUGCAUCGCCUGCGAAACAGAGUGCGCGUGUAUGCGAAUGUGUACAUGUGUGAGAGAGAGAGAACGAGAGGAUAUACGUAAAUGUUAAUAAAGAUAAACGAGGAAAAAAAAGGACCAGA